ACAGCGACAAUGGUUCUGGCUCAUUCCAUUCCCGUCAAUCAUAACCAACAGCCUUCAAUAAAUGCUCAGCGCUCAGGCCUCAGGAGUGACUGCACCAAGCAUAUCCGUAUGUCUUUGGAGAUGUUUAAAGGUAUGCACCAGCUGCAGAAAUCCAUGUUCUCUAGAUCUCCCUCUCAUUCUCUCAUUCCCUCUCCCUCUCCAACCACCUUCGCCUCCUCGCCUUUUUCACACCCUCAGGAGGCGCAGUAACAAUGGGACGAAACACUCUCUACCUCGUCAUACCCGCCCAUGUCAAUCCACCGUCACACCAUCAUCAACCUCAUAACUUCACAGACCGCACCUUCCUUUCUUGACAGCAUGCUUCAAUAUCCCCACACCCUCGCAAACAGAUGAUCAUUCAACCCAACUCGCCGCAUUCCGAAUUGUGUCCUCAUCAAGCUGAACAAUGGGCAUCAUAUGAGCGUGUCAUGCAUCGUGGAUUUCUGUGUCUAGGAGUAGAAGGUGGGACGGCUUAUGCGUCAACGGCGUCGUAGGUCCCAACGAACUUGUGCAUCGAGCUGCCAGCGGAGGCGUUGGACCC